GAGUUGAAAGGUAUUAAGCUGGACGGCUACCUUCUCUCACUUUUUUCUCUCUCUACGAUUCCAUUUUCUUCUUUCCAAACUCCAUUUCCCCGAUUGAACCGUCAAAGUUCCUCGGGUUUCAGCUUUGAAUUGCUUCAUCCCUAAGCGUUCUCUCCAUCUUCCUCUGUUCAAAUCAGAUCUAGGGUUCUGCGAUUCCGCUCCUCGCUUCCGUUUGCAACUCUCUCCGCCAUGGCUGGUCGGUACGACAGAAACCCUUUCGCUGAAGAAGAAGAAGUCAACCCCUUUGCAAAUCCUGGAACUGUUGCCCCUGCUACAAAUUCCAGGCUUUCACCUCUUCCUCCAGAACCAGUCGGUUUUAAUUAUGGUCAUGGUGCAACUGUUGACAUACCACUCGAUUCAAAUUCUGGAGGAUCAAAAUCUAAGGAUUUGAAGAAGAAAGAGAAGGAACUCCAAGCUAAAGAGGCUGAAUUGAAAAGGCGGGAACAGGAGGUAAAACGGAGGGAAGAUGCUGCAAAUCGAGCUGGAAUUGUUCUAGAGCAGAAAAAUUGGCCACCUUUUUUCCCAAUCAUCCACCAUGAUAUUGCAAAUGAUAUUCCUAUUCAUCUGCAAAGAUUGCAGUACGUUGCAUUUACUACAUUGUUAGGACUAACUCUUUGCCUCUUCUGGAACAUCAUAGCUGUUACUACAGCAUGGAUUAAGGGAGAAGGGGUAAAAAUCUGGUUCCUUGCUGUCAUCUAUUUUAUUGCUGGGGUCCCUGGAGGAUAUUUCUUGUGGUAUCGCCCACUUUACAAUGCAUCUAGGAGUGAAAGUGCUAUGAAGUUUGGAUGGUUCUUUAUGUUUUAUUUGCUUCAUAUUGGUUUCUGCAUAUUUGCUGCGGUAGCACCUCCAAUAGUCUUCAAGGGAAAAUCUCUGAGUGGCAUUUUACCUGCAAUAGAUCUUAUUGGCGGACAAGUCUUGGUCGGAAUAUUCUAUUUUAUUGGAUUUGGAUUAUUCUGUCUUGAAUCAGUUCUCAGCAUCUGGGUUAUUCAGCAAGUAUACAUGUACUUCCGAGGCAGCGGUAAAGCAGCUCAGAUGAGGCGUGAGGCUGCCAGGGGCGCUGUGAGGGCAGCCAUGUGAUGCAGUGACCACGUAUAACCACACCGAUGGGCUUCGUCCCAGAACAUAGGUUGUAUAUGCACUUAGCCACUGGCUGUGGAUAAGUUUACUGCUUUAGGUUGACGGGCUGUUCAGUCACGUUGUUUCAUUUUUACCACCCAACUUCAAUGUAUGUUUUUUUUUCGCCCGUGAUGUAAUUUGACCACCCCAGAGGUUGUAGUGUCACUUUUAUAGACCAUAUUGUUAGAAUGUUGAGGUUGAUUGAAUUCUGAGUUCAUUUUUACAAGUUGUUUGGGAAAGUU